AUGGCAGAGCCGCCAUCUAUCAAGUUUUCCCCACGAGCUGCUAAGCCAUUGGUAACCUCUGUGGGGUCUCAAUGGGAUUUCCAGGAGCCAUCCGACCUCGGCAUCCUCGCCCAAGCUAUCCCCCGACACUUUGAUGCUUGGAAAUGUAACGCUCAGUGCGCGCAAUGCCACCCUCUCGUGCUCUGCCUGGACGGCCCAGGAACAGGCAAGUCGCGGCUCUUAAACGAAUUCCCCAGGCUUGUAAACGACGUGCUCAAGGGCCACAAGAACGAGGAAAUGCUCUCGAUGCUGCAGAACGCGUUCACGUUUAACGUCGCCUUCGAGGAGCAAAGCCAUGCGGACAGCUUUGCUGACGCUAGUUUGGCCAUCGGCACUCGCAUGCUGUACCAGCUUCAGGAUUUACACCCAUGGGAGACGUUCCGUCUAAAUCCGGCCAAUCAUUUGACCCCAAGUUCAGUCUUCUCGAGGCUGGGACGGCUGAAAGGCUUGCCUCCGCACCAACUGUGCGUGAUCUUGUGUGUAGACAAUCUGGACAAUUUAGAUCUUCAAUCUGGAAACUCAGCAUCGCAGUUUCACUAUGGACUAGGCACCCUCUGUGAUCUCGUGAAUGCGUCCAAGUGUUGGGUGCUUGCAACCGCCUCUGCGACUAGUUACAAACCAGUGGAUAAUUUUUUCUCGAUGUCUUCUCAGUGGCAUCUUCACCUCCAACCGGCGAUGCUGGCCCGUCCGAAGAUACAAGGCGAGGAUGUUUUCCUGGGGUAUGGGAGUGACGCUCUGGUGCAGCUUCUGGUUGACGACAUGGGUGGGUUUAGUCGAUGCCUCGAAGUUCUCUACACCGUGAUGCAAAGUAUCGGUCAAAACGGUACAUUCGACUUUGCAAAAGUGCUGAAACGUGUGGUGAAAGCACUUUUCGAAGCCUACCCGGCUAUUCUAACGUCAAUUGACGCUAUGCGUGAGGCGUUUCUGGCUGCUGUUGCUCGUCGAGUUGUUUACAAGAGUACUAUGUUCGGAAACGCUACUCUCGACCAAGUUAUUUCAGCGGGUUUGAUCAGAUUGCGGGAUGCAUUUCUUCAGUGUCCGUACGUGUUGUAUUUGAUGCUCACGGCGGAUGGAAAUCCUUGGAGAGAGUUUGACAGCUAUGUCCCAGUGGAUUCACGUCAGGAUAUCUUGCCGCAGCAAGCCUGGGAUGAAUUCUACAGCAAGUUUCGAGUUUUGAAAUCAAUGGCUUUUGCUCCGGAAUCACCGUUGUUGUGGGGAAUUGUACACUCUGGAGCUCGCCUUGGAUCUGGCUUUGAUCGCUUCGUGCGGGAGGUUCCGCGCAAAGUUGAAUUGGCUCCGCUUGGGAGUUGCACGUGUGACUUGGAUUCUGAAAACCGCUUUUUGUUAUACCAGAAUGCGACGGGGUCGUCGCCUAGACGUUCCUUUCUUUGCUUAGAAGAUGGUACAAGAGGGUUUUUCACGAGCUUAAGCUUAUCAUGCUACCGUGCCAGGUUUGAGAUCUGA